CCGUCGCGAUGCCCGCGUGCGCGGCGUGUCGCGCGCGCGACGCCGAUAUAUUUUGUCUCGCCGACGAGGCGUUCCUGUGCGCGACGUGCGACGCGCGCGUGCACGGGGCGAACGCGGUCGCGGCGAGACACGAGAGGAUCACGGUGGAUGAGUGGUAUAAACGAACGCUCGAGGCGGGAUUGAGUGAGGCGAAGGAGUGCGGGGAUUGGAAAGCGGCGGCGAGCGCGACGGCGAGCGCGAGGCGCGAGGACGAGGACGGACGAGGACGCGGGACGAGCGAGAGUUUGAGGGAGAAGAGUUUCAGUUUGUUUAAGAGGGACGAUGCGAAGACGACGACGCACGAUUCGACGUCGAGCAUGGACGCGACGAUCAGUGCGUGGGAUGUGGGCGUGUUUUUGAAUUUAGGUGAGAACGGAGAAGAGGAUACGAGUCCAAGGGCGCCGCGAAUGUCGAGUAAUAGCGACACGAUGAUUUUCGAUUUGGACGACGAUCCGUUGGCUUCUUUGCUGGAGAUGCCCGAAACAGAGUCGGCGCUUUUAUUCGAUGGCGAUGCGGCGUCUAUUUCCGCCGCUCUGGAGGCGGUGGCGGAUCAGAUUCAAGCGGUGAGCCCGAAUCAAGCCGCCGCCAAGGCGUACGUCUCGAAGAGCGCGAGAGAUAAUUUCACUCCGCGACCGUCGCCUCUUGGAUUGGGACUGCCCGCGGCGCAGCGUGGGCCCGCAGAGACGGUAGGUUCCUAUCCACCCGGGGCUUUUCCACCCAUAAUGAUGCCGAUGUCGAGCGAUCUCUUCGGCAUCCCUCGACGCGUGGUGAGCAAGGAGCGCCAAGCGCAGCUCGACAGAUAUCGCGCCAAGCGCGAGCGUCGAUUGAUGGGGUUGAAGAAAGUGGUGCGCUAUGAAUGCCGUAAAACGCUCGCAGACGCGCGCGUUCGCGUGAAGGGUCGUUUCGUUAAGGCUAAUCCGGAUGAGAAGACUUCAGCGCUAAAGUCAUUUCAAAGCUGUCCAGACUUGUCGGCGUUGGUUGAGGAUGAGGACAACGCAAAGCCCCUAUCUUUCGCACCGAUGAAGCACACAACGCUCGACGAUCAGCAGCUACAUCAACAAAACUCUAAACGGCGCAUCUCAGAUGAUCGUUUGUCGAACUCUGACGCGUCGCAUGACGAUAAGUUGGAUGUUCAGUCGAUGCGAUACGAGAUUCUUCGCGACUCGGGCGCGCCGGCGCUGCAUCCACCCACGAUCCCAGAGACCUUACCUCUCCCCAGUGGCUUAAGACGCACGAAGCAGAUGCGUCACUGCCAAAGCGAAAUUAAUUUGAUGGACUUGGCUGGCUAUUAGCAAGUGUACACCGGUGUAGUCAACUACGAGAAGCGCCGCUCAGCGCCGACGGCGCGCCAUCCGCGGUAAUAUCGAGACUUCGUAUUUAUGAAUAUAUAUUGUACAUUCUGUAUCAU